GAAACCAUAACAUAUAUGCUACCACUAAAUCCUUACCAGAUUAAACAUGGCCCCAUCCUUAACCAUUUCUGUUAUUCUAGGGGUACUGUGGGCCACCAUCCUUCUUUCCUUUGCUACAACUGUGACAGCAGCAUAUCCAUCGCCAUUGGAGUCCGAAGCCAUAGCUCUGCUAGAAAGCAGGUGGUGGAGUAACCAUAGCAGCAAUACUUCACAACGUUGCCAGUGGCCUGGUAUAACCUGCAACACUGCUGAAAGCAUCACCCAAAUUAACUUAUCUGAUGCGCCCAACAUUGAGGUUGGAGAUAGAUUUGGGAAACUCAAUUUCUCUUCAUUUCCAAAUCUUGUCCUUCUUGAUCUUAGUAAUCAUCAACUUAGAGGAAAAAUCCCGCAUCAGAUAGGUGAUCUAUCAGCAUUGAAGUACCUUGACUUGUCUAAUUGUGGUUUAUCUGGUGAGUUACCUCCUUCUUUAGGAAAGCUGACCCAAUUAAAUUUUCUCGACAUUUCCAAUAAUGAUAAUAUUAAUGGUUCCAUCCCUCCACAAUUGGGGAAUCUAGAGAACCUCGUGACUUUAAACUUAAGGCAAUGUGGAAUUGUUGGUCCAAUCCCUUCUGCUUUGGGUCAAUUAAUCAAUCUCCAAUCUCUGAUCCUUUCGGGGAACCAAAUCAAUGGAUCUAUCCCAUUAGAAAUUGGAUAUUUGAGAAAUUUGACUUAUUUGAGUCUCUCCAACAAUAGAAUUGUUGGUCCAAUCCCUUCUGCUUUAGGUCAAUUAACCAGUCUCCAAUCUCUGAUCCUUUGGGGGAACCAAAUCAAUGGAUCUAUCCCAUUAGAAAUUGGAUAUUUGAGAAAUUUGACUUGUUUGGAUCUCUACAACAGUAGACUUGUCGAUUCAAUACCAAUUACUCUGUACCAAUUAACCAAUUUGGAAAUUUUGUACCUUGAUAAUAACCAACUUCAAGGUUCAAUCCCUUCUUGUGUUGGUAGUUUAUCAAAGAUGCAGUACUUAAGCCUUGAUUCUAAUCUAUUAGAAGGUCUUAUUCCCCAAGAAAUUUGUAAUCUAGCAAAUUUAACUUCAUUGUACCUCUCCCAAAACAAAUUGACUGGUUCAAUCCCUUCUUGUAUUGGUAGCUUAUCAAAGAUGCAGUACUUAAGACUUGAUUCUAAUCUAUUAAAAGGUCCUAUUCCCCAAGAAAUUUGUAAUCUAGCAAAUUUAACUUCAUUGUACCUCUCCCAAAACAAAUUGACUGGUUCAAUCCCUUCUUGUAUUGGUAGUUUAUCAAAGAUGCAGUACUCAAGCCUUGCUUCUAAUCUAUUAAAAGGUCCUAUUCCCCAAGAAAUUUGUAAUUUAGCAAAUUUAACUUCAUUGGCCCUCUCCCAAAACAAAUUGAGUGGUUCCAUCCCUUCUUGUGUUGGUAGUUUAUCAAAGAUGCAGUACUUAAGCCUUGGUUCUAAUCUAUUAAAAGGUCCUAUUCCCCAAGAAAUUUGUAAUUUAGCAAAUUUAACUUCAUUGGCCCUCUCCCAAAACAAAUUGAGUGGUUCCAUCCCUUCUUGUGUUGGUAGUUUAUCAAAGAUGCGGUACUUAAGCCUUGAUUCUAAUCUAUUAAAAGGUUCUAUCCCAAAAGAUAUUGGCAAGCUUUUUGAUCUAUCAUAUCUAAACCUUAGCUUCAACCAACUCUCAGGUCCUAUCCCUAUCUUGUAUGCUACUGAUCUCUACAUUGUCGACGCUGGAAAUGGUUGUAACAAGAUUUCUCCCGAUCCAUUUGAAGGCAAUAGUGAUUUAUCACCCUAUAUGUGUCCUACUCCAGUAACCAAAAAAGCCAACAGCAGCAGAAUUCCUUACUAUAUCAAAAUAUUCCUCCCUAUUGCGAUCUUAUUCACAUUCUCCAUUUUAGGAUGUUUGCUAUUUUCACGGUUUAAGCUCAAGAAUAACCAUGUCAGCGUACAACCAACCAAGAAUGGGGAUUUGUGUUCCAUAUGGAACUAUGAUGGAAAGAUAGCAUACGAGGAUAUCGUUGCAGCAACAGAGGAUUUCGACUUCCGAUACUGUAUUGGAGUUGGUGGUUAUGGUAGUGUUUACAAAGCAAAACUCCCUUGUGGUAAAGUAGUUGCUUUGAAGAAACUUCAUCAUUUAGAAGCCGAAAAUCCAACUUUUGACAAGAGUUUCAGGAACGAGAUCAAGUUUCUAUCAGAAAUACGACAUCGAAACAUAGUGAAGCUUCAUGGGUUUUGUCUACACCGACGAUCCAUGUUUUUGAUCUAUGAAUACAUGGAAAAAGGGAGUUUGUUCUGCAACCUAAGGGAUGAAGUGAAUGCUGUGGAAAUGGAUUGGACGAGAAGAGUAGAGAUCAUCAAAGGCAUAGCACAUGCUUUGUCUUACUUGCACCAUGAUUGCUGCCCUCCGAUAGUUCAUCGAGACAUAUCAAGUAACAAUGUUCUUUUAAACUCAAGUUUUGAGGCAUUUGUGGCCGACUUUGGAACAGCUAGAAUGUUGGAUCUUGAUUCAUCCAAUCAGACCAUUAUUGUCGGAACUUGUGGCUACGUAGCUCCAGAACUUGCUUAUACAAUGAUUGUCACCGAAAAAUGCGAUGUUUAUAGUUUUGGAGUGGUAGCACUGGAAACAUUAAUGGGAAAGCAUCCUGAAGAAGUGUUAUCAUGGUUGUCAUCACCAACUUCUUUGGUGAACAUGAAGCUAGUUGAUGUGUUAGACAACCGUUUACCACUUCCAACAAGCCAACUAGUUACACAAAAUCUUGUUCAUGUUGCUACACUGGCAUUCGCUUGCUUAAAUCCACAAACGAAGUCCCGACCAACAAUGAAGGAAGUGUGUGAAGAGUUCCUUUCUCGCCAUACAUCCUUGGGAAUUCCUCUUCGGAUGAUCUCUUUGUUACAACUCAUGAACCGUGAAAUGCAUAUUGGAGGCAAAACUAAAACUUGUGAUGUUUAAAGUCCAUGCGCUUGUUGAUUAGAUAUUGUUUAUCAUGCUCUGAUAAUUUGUUUGUGAACCAUCUCUGGUUUUAUAUAUAUGAUGGAAUGAAUUGCAAUGUUUAAUAAAACUGUUUAUCCAGUUGCUUUAGAAGACAUAAAUUCUGGAAUUUGAUCAAAAUAUUAAGACAUCAUCG